GUUGGCGGUGCAUUGACGUCGCUAGAAGGAAUUGUCGAUCCAGACUCACUUCGGCCGUAUGAUCUUAUCAAGUCCAUGCUGGCACAACCAGGUUUUAUGGCUAAAGGCCGGGAACAUCAUUUGUCCUAAUUGCUACGUACCAGAAGACGAGUCAAUGCUAACGGGGUCCAAGGUGGUAUAUUUCGGCAUCAGUUGCUCCCAUGCAUAUGCACACACCUCUAAGAUUGCAGCACACACUCUUCCCAGAAACUUGAAAGGCUCUGACUUUAUUCUUUACAGCAGAUUUCAUAGUUUCGGAUGUGAAGUAUCCAUUUGCCCUGUACUUGAAGAGGUUUACGAGGUUUAUCCCUAUCAAGGCAUCCCUGAAACCGACCAUCAGGAGCAGAAGAAAACUCUUGAAUCUCUUGAUGGGCGUUCUAAAGAUGGUGAUGGCAAAAGAAAAGGAGAGGAGAAGAGAACGCAAAAGCUUAUCGCCUUCGUAGGAACCAAGUUGUACCCACAGACAGUGAUUUCUUCCUGCAUAGACAGUGACAAUGAAUAUGAUAAGAUCAAGCGUUACUGGGAAUGCGAUGAUUUUGAGAAUAUCUAUUGCAUGACUUCGAUCAAACAUCAGGAAACUGCUCUUACUCAGGCUACCUAUGGUAAUGAGCCGUCGGUUGGCUGCAAGUACUCACAUGCUGCUAUUCUGGUGAAAAUCCCCUCAUGGGAAGAUGGGCAGAAAAAGUAAGUAUUGCUCGCUACAUUACGCUUCUUGGCCAUUACGUCGUGUAGCCAGACGGUGAGCCGAUUUUGUUCGCCAAUUCGUGACUGGGCCGGAGUUGAAAUUGCUCCCGGCUGUCGAUUUGGCAUUGGAGGAUAAUGUUGGCUUUGAAUAUCCUGGGUCUUUCUUUCAUUUGUUUUUAUUCAGAUUGUGUCACGAGGUAUUAUCUAGACUGUUCAGAAUGUUCUAGCUCUUUAGAAUUGAGACAUUGAUUGGU